AUGAGUACCACCGAAGCUACUACUUCAUCAACUUCUAUGAGUACCACCGAAACUACUACUUCCACAACUUCUGUGAGUACCACCGGACCCACUACUAGCACAAAUUCUAUGAGUACCACUGGACUUACUACUAGACACAACUUCUAUGAGUACCACCGGACCUACUACUUCCACAACUUCUAUGAGUAUUACCGGACCUACUACUUUCACAACUUCUAUGAGUACCACCAGACCUACUACUUCCACAACUUCUAUGAGUACCACCGGACCAACUACUUCCACAACUUCUAUGAGUACCACUGGACCUACUACUUCUACAACUUCUUUGAUGAUUGGAACCAGACUCUGAUUGAUGCAACCCUGAACUCAUCUCAGGUGGAACAGUUGGUCAGCCAAAUAGAGGACGCUCUGUCCAGGCCAAGCAUCAGUGUGGAAACGGGUCAGAGAGUUGUCACCACCAUAGAUAAGCUGUUGAAUAGUUCUUCAGAAGCUGUGUCCUCUUCUUCUAACCGUCUGAUCAAGGCUGUGGAUGAUUUGGGAUUGAAAUUAUUUGUAAAAGAUAAACAAGAGAUGAUUUCAGCUGGAUCUGUUGCUCUGCUGGUGACAAAAAUAGAUGGGAAGAACUUUGCUGGAUCGACGUUCAUGGUCAAAACUCCAUCAUUCAUAGAGAUGAAAGACAUCAGUGAGAGGUCCGUGAACACUUCCCUGGCAACCAUCACUCUACCUGCCUCUCUGACUAGUGGUCUCUCUGCAGAGGAGCGGAACUGGGCGUCCAGAAUUCAGAUAACAUAUUUCAAUAAGAACACUCUGUUCCAGAAGAAAAACAAUACAAACCAGACACUGAACAGUCACGUUGUUGGAGCAAGUGUGGCCAACCUGUCUAUCACUGGUCUGAAGGAGGCUGUAUAUAUUACCUUUAAGAAUUUAAACGGUACAACGCAAAAUCUGACCUGUGUUUUCUGGGAUUUUAACCGAAAUGGAGGAGCAGGAGGGUGGAACAGUAGCGGCUGUUCUCUACUGAACAGCACCAAAGAUGUGAUCGAGUGCAGUUGCAACCAUCUGACCAGCUUUGCCGUGCUAAUGGACAUCAGCAGAGAGGGAAUAACUGACCCUGUGCAUGAACUCAUCCUCACCUUCAUCACUUACAUUGGCUGUGGAAUUUCUUCCAUCUUCAUUGCCUUCACCCUCCUCACCUACUUGGCAUUUGAGAAACUACGCAAGGACAUCCCAUCCAAGAUCCUGAUCCAUCUGUGUUUUGCCCUCCUGCUGCUUAACCUGGUCUUCCUGGUGGACUCCUGGCUGGCCCUCUAUCCUAACGCUGUGGGCCUUUGCAUCUCCACAGCCUUUUUUCUACACUACUUCCUGCUUACCUCUUUCACGUGGAUGGCUCUGGAAGCCCUGAACCUGUACCUGAGCAUCGUCAAGGUCUUCCGCAGGUUGUCCCGAUACAUGCUCAAGCUGUCUUUGGUGGGAUGGGGUGUACCGUUAAUUGUUGUCAUCAUUGUGAUUUCGAUUAACAAAGACUUCUAUGGCCUGGGUACUUAUGGAAAGUUCACCAAUACGAGCUCAGAUGACUUCUGCUGGAUAAAUAAUGCUAUAGUCUUCUACGUGGCAGUGGUUGCCUACUUCUGCUUCAUGUUUGCAGCCAGCAUGAUAGUCUUCAUUGUGGUUAUGGUACAGCUCCGGCGCAUCAAACGGCAAAACCCCCAUAAUAACCAUUACCGUAGCAUCAUCCAAGACUUACGCAGCGCCGCCGGUCUUGCCAUCCUGCUCGGCCUUACCUGGGGCUUUGCGUUUUUCGCGUGGGGCCCUGUCCACCUGCCGUUCAUGUACCUCUUUACCAUCUUCAACUCGCUCCAGGGUUUUUUCAUCUUCGUGUUCCAUUGUGCAAUGAAAGAGAGCGUUCGUAUUCAAUGGCGCAUCUACCUCUGCUGCGGCAAGUUAAGACUAGCAGAAAAUUCAGACUCACCAAUAGAGGACAACGUGUUUUCAUAG